GCUUCGCGGUCGCCAUUUUAUAAGCGUCUUGCGAUUGUUUGAGAAACGCUCUUGUGAGCCAGUGUUUUUAACACGGUAGUACGGGUGCAUUUUCGUUAAAAUUCGAAAAGCCGGUAUGGGCGAUUAUCAAGUAACACAAGUUCAACAAGAUGCUCUUGGGGCUGUCCAGCUAGAGUUAGGAGGAAAUCCCAACACUCUAGCAUUACGCCGGCCGUUCGACCCUUUGGCCCAUGAUUUGGAAGCUAGUUUCAGAUUGACGCGAUUCGCCGAUUUGAAGGGCCGUGGAUGCAAAGUACCCCAAGAAGUACUUAACAAACUUGUAGAGGGGCUCCAACAGGAUUAUAAUUCGGCAGAACAUGAACAUGCUCACUUUAUGCAUAUGGCAAUUCCGCGAAUUGGAAUCGGCCUUGAUUGUUCGGUUACACCCCUUCGCCAUGGAGGACUGUGUUUGGUACAAACCACUGACUUCUUCUAUCCAUUGGUGGAUGACCCCUACAUGAUGGGAAAAAUUGCUUGUGCUAAUGUUUUAAGUGAUCUUUAUGCGAUGGGAGUCACUGAAUGUGAUAAUAUGCUUAUGUUACUGGGAGUUAGCACAAAAAUGACAGAAAAAGAAAGAGAUGUUGUCAUUCCUCUGAUCAUGAGAGGAUUUAAAGACUCAGCUCUUGAAGCAGGCACAACUGUCACUGGAGGUCAAACUGUUGUUAAUCCCUGGUGUACUAUUGGUGGAGUAGCAACUACCGUUUGUCAGCCAAAUGAAUACAUUGUCCCAGAUAAUGCAGUAGUUGGAGACGUUUUGGUCCUUACAAAACCUUUGGGGACACAAGUGGCAGUCAACGCCCAUCAAUGGUUGGAUCAGCCAGAACGUUGGAAUAGAAUAAAAUUAGUUGUUAGUGAAGAAGAUGUAAGAAAAGCCUAUCACCGUGCUAUGGAUUCUAUGGCUCGCCUCAACCGUAUUGCCAGUAGACUGAUGCAUAAAUACAACGCUCACGGAGCUACUGAUAUUACAGGUUUUGGUCUACUUGGCCAUGCUCAAACAUUGGCCUCUCACCAGAAAAACGAAGUAUCUUUUGUCAUUCACAAUUUACCUGUCAUCGCAAAAAUGGCUGCUGUAGCUAAAGCAUGUGGAAAUAUGUUCCAGUUAUUGCAAGGGCAUUCUGCUGAAACUUCUGGAGGACUCUUAAUAUGUUUACCCCGUGAGCAAGCUGCUGCCUAUUGUAAAGAUAUAGAGAAACAAGAAGGUUAUCAAGCAUGGAUUAUUGGUAUUGUCGAGAAAGGCAACAGAACUGCUCGUAUCAUUGACAAACCUCGAGUUAUCGAGGUCCCAGCUAAAGAGUAGAUUUAAUAAUACAUAUGUAAUCAACUUUAAGUAUUUUUUGACAUACUGUGGGCAGUUACAAGUCUAAGUAUGAUUCCCCAACAGCUUUGUAGAUCUAAUACGUUAUUACUUUGUGCAUUUUAUUGAAAUGAUCCUUUGUAUUGUUUAUGUCAGAAUUUUAUUUGUUUUGAUCAUGUUUAUCACACAUGAAACAUGAAACCUUUUUUUGUGUCUUUCUCAUUAUAAUAGGUAUUUUAAAUUUCGUGAACAUGUGUUUCUUUGGUGAGUUACGACAUCUGCAUUUUGAGUUUUAUUUUAGUGUAAUAGAUGAAAUGUUUAAUGGUAUUUUGUAUAAUAAUUUUCCAAUAUAAUAUAAGUAUAGAAA